CUGAGAUCCCGUUCUGUGCGCCCUAAUAACGCGAGAGCUGGCCGGCCCAUAUAAAAGGCGACGUCGCCGCGAUUUCUUUCCUCAACGUUUUUCCUCCCGAGCGCGACAAGACCGGCCAAGUUCACACUUUCAGUUGGCGGAAGAUGGCGGCAGGCAAAGCCCAAAUCGGAAAGACGGCUCCGGAUUUUACAUGCAAAGCCGUGAUGCCAGGCGGCCAAUUCAAGGACUUGAAGCUGUCCGACUACAAAGGGAAGUACGUCGUCUUCUUCUUCUACCCCCUUGACUUCACCUUCGUGUGCCCGACUGAGAUCAUCGCGUUCAGCGACGCGGCGGACGAAUUCAGGAAGAUCGGCUGCGAGGUCAUCGCCGCCUCCGUUGACUCGCACUUCUCCCACUUUGCAUGGACCAACACUCCCCGCAAGGAGGGCGGUUUGGGCGCCAUGAAGAUCCCGCUGGUGUCUGACAUACGGCGCACCGUCUCCACCGAUUAUGGCGUUCUGAAGGAGGACGAAGGCAUCGCCUACAGAGGUCUGUUCAUCAUCGACGACAAGGGCAUUCUGCGACAGAUCACCAUCAACGACCUUCCCGUCGGGCGUUCCGUGGAGGAGACCUUGCGUCUGGUCCAGGCCUUUCAGUUCACCGACAAGCACGGAGAAGUGUGCCCGGCCGGCUGGAAGCCAGGAAGUGACACCAUCAAACCUGACGUCCAGAAGAGCAAAGAGUUCUUCUCCAAGCACUGAUAAGACCAACCCGGGAAUCUGCUUCCUGCUCCACCAGAUUUCAUAUCGAUAAUGUUUGCAGAAGAGAUGAUUUUUAUAUUGUUUGUAGAGGUGUUGCUAGGCGACAGUUUGUAGUUAGCCUGUCGUAUCUGAUUGUCUUGUGUAUACUGAAGACCAAAGUAUAUUGUUUUAGGGUUUCAUUGA